GAUCAACGGGGACGAGUGAGUGCUAAGCAAGACGUCAAGAUGGCGGCGCCCGUAAACGUUGGUUUGGCGGCGGAGAGAGGCGAAAUGUCUGAAAUGAAAAUGAUGGAAGAAGAGAUGAGCAGGUUUGAACAGGAGAUCCUAACCAGAAGAGAUGAGAAUGCAAAGAGUCGUAGUUUCACAGCAGUGCGACCAUCAGACACUGCUCCACCCACUGCCCUCGUCCCCCCUGGGAUCCCUCAAGCUCUGUCUGUCCUCGGCACUCCGGAUCCAAGCUUGAUGAAUCUCUACUUCCCACCACCCCCUCCUGAAGCUACACCCCUCCCCCAUCAUCGAUCAAUCCAGCCAGAACCACCAGGCUCGUAUGACCCGAUCCCAACUAAAGAGAUGGGAUUCUCUGCACCUGUACCUACCCCUGUUGCACCCAGUCAGGCGACUUCAUCUAACCCAGUGAUGGCGCCUCAUGGGGCGUAUCAGGCGCCAGGCUCUGAAAACCCAACGUUAGGUCAAAGUGAGCCCUCGCCAUUACAGUUGGCUGCCCAACAGUUUGCUGCAGAGUCUCAACAAAUGCACGCCUCAGGUGGCAUGCAACCAGCACCACGACCUUCAUUUGUACCUCAUCAGGUCCGAGCCCGCGCCCCUCUACCCCCAGCCCACCGACCCCCGUUCAACCAGCACAUGCAACGCCCAAGAAUGCAACAGAUGUACCAAGUACCACCGCGGGGACCUAUGAUGCCUCACGGUUUUCCUAUGAUGCCAAGGCAUGCCAUGGGUGCCCAGCGACCUCCUGCUGUCAUAUCUGCCAAACCUACUACCUAUUCAGCGAAACCAGUCAGGUUUAGUAAAACAAAGAAGGCGCAAAAUACAGAGGUGUCCGCUGUGACCCAUACAGCAGUGGCAACCGUAACAAAACAACCAGAAUACAAUGUAAACCCAACACCCUACGCCCAACCUGCCAUUGCACAGCAACAAGCAGCUAUGCAGAUGUUCACAGCAUCAACACAUCAGCCUGCUGCUGCUGUGAACUACAGUACCAUGGGACAGCAGCAGCAGCAGCAGCAACUGCAGCAGCAACAGCAACAGCAACCAGAAGGAGCUGCAGGUUCCUCGGAUCAGCAGAAGAAGAAAGAUAAGAAGAAGAAGUUUGUAAGAACGGCAGCAAGUACGAUGUGGGAGGAUGAGAGUCUAGCAGAAUGGGAUCAGAAUGAUUUCCGGAUAUUCUGCGGUGACAUCGGGAAUGAAGUCACAGAUGAACUUCUUACCAAAGUUUUUGGUCGAUACCCAUCCUUCAUAAAAGCAAAGGUUGUUCGAGACAAACGGACAAACAAAACAAAGGGCUAUGGUUUUGUUAGCUUCAAGGAUCCCAAUGACUUUGUGCAAGCAAUGCGUGAAUGGAAUGGGAAGUACGUUGGGAACCGACCGAUCAAAUUGCGGAAGAGCUCUUGGAAAGAUCGGAAUAUUGACACAUUCAAGAAGAAGCAAAGAGAGAAACAAAAACUGGGUUUGAAAUAAACGACUACAACAUCGCAGGGUUUUUAGUAUCUGGAAUUGCCUUUCAUUUUACCUGCUUGGAACAGGCAUGAAACUCUUCCUACUUAAAGGAACAUUACAGAAUUGGUUUUUGCUAAAACAAAACAGCUGCUGGCAGUGUAGGCACUUUA